CAUGUGACACUCUCGAGCUUGGUCUCGUGACUGUCUGCUGUUAGCAUCGCCACUGUCUCGGCAUAUAAAGAAAUAUCAUGUUAUUUAGAUAGCCCACAGAGAAAAAAAAGCUUUAUAACAAGUCUCAUUGACCAGUGAGGAUGUUGUCCCGUCUACUGAAGGAGCACCAGGCGAAGCAAAAUGAGCGGAAAGAGCUUCAGGAAAGACGCAGGCGUGAAGCAAUUGCAGCAGCCACCAGUCUGACAGAGGCUCUGGUAGACCACCUCAACGUUGGAGUUGCUCAGGCAUACGUAAACCAACGUAAACUUGACCAUGAGGUGAAGACUCUUCAAGUGCAGGCGAGCCAGUUCUCCAAACAAACUGCUCAAUGGAUUGGUAUGGUGGAGGGUUUCAAUCAGGCCCUUAAGGAAAUAGGUGAUGUGGAGAACUGGGCCCGCAGUAUUGAGAUGGACAUGAGAACGAUCGCCACAGCUCUGGAGUAUGUACACAAGGGUCACCUACAGUCUGCAUCCUCAUAAACUUCAUCUAAACUUCACCAAAAACAUAUACAAGGUUCACAGCUGUCACUAUAUUGAAUGAAACGGAGAGCCACCUGCAAGCACCAAUGACUUUGCUCUUUUGCGCACCUCUCAGAUUGUGCUGAGGCUGAGGAUUAUUUCAUCCAGAGCAUCACUGCUGAAGUUCCUGUUUGAAGAACAUGAAUAAACAGGGUAACCACACUGUGAUGAAGAUACGUCUUGAUAGUACAAUGAAGAUAAACUGAUUAAUUGGAUGUAAAGGUCUAUGACAGUAUUGAAUUCUGAAGGUUUUGCAUAUGUAACAUAACGAGGCCCCAACCUUCCUCAUUUUCUGCAUGUAGUAAAUUGUAAAAGCAUUUUGUCCGAAAGUUUAUUUUCAGCACCUGAUGCCUAAUUGUCUGUUUAUUUAUUGUAGGGUUGUGUAUAGUCAUCACAGUCGACAUUUUUAAAAACAAAAUUUUUUGUUACCGUUUGUCAAUUAAUAUUCAAUUGUUUUAAUAAAAAUGGCCACAUAAUUAUGA